AUGACCAUACUCGACGGUAAAUGGAUGAGGGCGGAAGAGCAGCAUCAUGCGCUGCUAUCCUCGCACGGAGCCGAGCUCCAAACGCACGACUACAUCGUCGAUGACUUCAUUGGCGAGAUCGAAGGCACUUACAUCGAUCAACGAGCCAGGCUGCUGGAGAUUGAGCAGGCGCUGACCGCCUCAAGCUCCCUCGACGAGAGUCGCCUGAUCAAAAUGGAGGCGGCGCCCUCACGCCGAGCGCUACCUCGGAUUCAGCUGCCGCAGUUCUCGGGAAAGUUCGAGGAUUGGCCGGCCUUUAGGGACCUAUUCCGGUCCAUCGUCUCCGUGGAAGCAUCCCUGUCGAAGGUAGAAAAGCUGCACUACCUGAAGACGAGCGUCAAGGGCGACGCCGAGCAGCUCGUCAGAAACUUGCCCACGACGGAGGACAAUUUCGACCGCGCCUGGUCAAUACUGGCUGAGCACUUCGAGAACAAGCGGCUGCUGGUGAGGUCCUACCUCACUGCCUUCACUUCCUUACCGAAGAUGAGGCCAGACUCCGUGGACGAUCUAAGACGGAUCUUCCAUGGCGUAGUGUCCACCGUGGGUGCCCUGGAAGGCAUAGGCCGCCCGAUCACCGAUUGCAUGGACCUCUUUGUGCACCUCGUUGUCGAGUUGCUCGACACGAAGACGCGUCGGGAAUGGGAGAACUCCCUCGGCCGAUCGGCCGUCCCACCGUCGUACGAGGAGCUGCGGGACUUUCUGCAAGAGCAACUUAUAACGCAGGAAGUGCUCCGGGUCGUGAAGGUGGACUCUGCCUCCCCCGAAAAGAGUGAAAAAUCGUCUCGCACCACCCGCGCGCACCAUACCAAGAAGCGGGGAUCCGAGCCUAGUCGGGGCUGCCCAGCCUGCAAGCAAAACCACUUCGUCAUGAUGUGUGAGCAGUACAAGAGGAAAACGCCGCAGGAGCGGCGGGAGCUAGUGGACACCCAUCAGCUGUGCCGGAACUGCCUCGGGCGACAUCCGGUGGAAGGAUGCCCGUCCAUGAAGACCUGUGGUAAGUGUGGGGCGCGUCAUCACACGUCCCUACAUGAGGCCUUCGUAACGUCUUCCGCGGCCAUUUCGGGGCCCGGCCCCGCGGCCUCCGUGCACGUCGCGAAACCGCCCGUGGAGUGCGCUCAAGUGCUGCUCGCGACCGCACGGGUCGUCCUGUUCGAUCAGCAUGGAGUGCGACAUCCCGUCCGCGCGCUGGUGGACUCUGGGUCCGAGACGUCGAUGAUCGCCGAGUCGCUGGCGCAACGCCUGCGCCUGCCGCGUACUCCCACGUCCGUCGCGAUCUUCGGGAUUGGGGGUCAGCAGAGUGGCGUCUCGCGCGGUCGUGUCACCUUCACGCUCGCGUCUCGAACCGCGCAGACGUCCUUCGAGAUGUCCGCCCUGGUGUUUCCGCGGCUAACAGUGUACGGCGGUGCUAUCGAACGGGUCACGCGCGUGUGGCCGCACCUGGAGGGUCUCGAGCUGGCGGACCCGGAGUUCCUGGGCCAUGACGCCGUGGAGCUUCUCCUUGGAGCGGACGUCUUCGCUCACAUCAUGCUUCCGGGCCUGCGCCGCGGAGGACCUCUCGAGCCCAUCGCCCAGCAGACGCAGCUUGGCUGGAUCAUUCUUGGUGCUGCAGGCACCGGACACUCAACCUGCGCCAUCACGUCGUUGCAAUGCUCGUCCGCGGAUGAGCUGAGCAGCUUGGUGCGCCGCUUCUGGGAGCAGGAGGAGGCCCCUCUUGCCCCUCUACCGCUUUCGCCUGAUGAUCAGGAGUGCGAGGCGCACUUCGCCCGCACGCACUCUCGGGACGCUACUGGCCGCUACCAGGUGCGCCUUCCUCUCCGGCCGAGUGCCCCGGAUCUUUCCGCAACGCGCCGUGCGGCCGCCCGAUUGUUGAGCGUGAUGGAACGCCGCUUCUCUCGCGACCCGGACUUCCGCGAUCGCUAUCAUCGGUUCAUGGUCGAAUAUCACGAGCUAGGCCACAUGUCGGUCGCCUCUCCUCUUGAAGCUGUAACGCCUGGUCGGGUAUGCUACCUACCCCACCACGGCGUCAUGAAGGGAGAGGGCAGUGGCGCGAAGAUACGAGUAGUCUUCAAUGGCUCAUCCCGGGUGCUUUCCGACACUUCGUUGAAUGCCUGGCUGCUCGCGGGGCCGAACUUGCUGCCUGCCCUUGCUGACGUUCUCACCCGCUGGCGCUUGCACCGAUACGUGUUAGCUACCGAUAUUGAGAAGAUGUAUCGGCAGAUCCUGGUGCACCCGGACGACCGCGACCUUCAGCGCAUUCUGUGGGGGGGGGACGCGGUCGGUGAGUACCGCUUGAACACGGUGACCUACGGUCUCGCGUGUGCCCCCUACCUUGCGAUCCGCACGCUGCACCAGUUGGCUGAAGACGAGGGCAAGUGCUUCCCCCUGGGCGCUCAGGCGCUCCAGCGGGACACGUACGUCGAUGACGUCCUUUCCGGUGCCUCUACUCUGGACGAGGCUCUCCGCCUACAGCAGCAGCUAUCUCGGCUGUGUACGGCGGGCGGUUUCCCGCUGCGUAAAUGGUCAGCGAAUCACGAUGCCGUGCUUCAAGGCUGCGCUAAACGAUCGCUGCUCUCCGGCACGGCUCGACUCUUCGACCCCUUGGGUUGGCUAGCACCUGUAACUGUACGCGCGAAACUACUGAUCCAGACGACCUGGUUGCAGCAUCUGGAGUGGGACGCCCCCCUGGGCGACGAGGAGGCUGCCGCCUGGGCAACCUUAGAGAGAGAGCUUCCCUUGUUGGAGGAGGUUCAGGUGCCUCGAUGGAUGCAUUGCGACGCCCCGGGGACCCACGUCGAGUUUCACGGCUUCUCCGAUGCCUCCGAGCGCGCUUACGCUGCGGUCGUCUACUUGCGGGCUUCGGACGAGGAUGGAGUCCGCACGUCCUUGGUGCUAGCUAAGACCAAGGUCGCACCGCUGCGCCAGGUGUCGAUCCCGCGCUUGGAGCUUUGCGCCGCCGCUCUCCUAACCAAGCUGGUCGCCCACCUGCGCACCACCUUGGCUCUAUCGACCGCUCCCGUCCACUUAUGGACAGAUUCGACGGUAACGCUUGGAUGGAUCCGAGGGCACCCCACCAAGUGGACGACUUACGUCGCCAAUCGAGUCGCCGAGAUUCAGCGAGCGGCGCCAGACGCCCGCUGGCAUCAUGUACCCGGGAAGGACAACCCUGCCGACUGCGCUUCCCGAGGGAUGGCCCCCCGCGAGCUGCGAUCACAUACCCUGUGGUGGCGGGGACCAGAGUUCCUCGGGAAAGACGAGUCUCAAUGGCCUGGGGAUGGCGUGGCCGCACCAAGAAAUCGAGAGCCGGAGCCGGACGAGCUCGUUCGGUUCUCCUCCCUGGCACGCCUGCUUCGCGUCACCGCUUGGAUGUGCCGCUGGCGAACGCGGCGUGUUGCUAAGGGCGCCCCGGCUGGCACCCUGACCGCAGAAGAACUGGAUCUGGCCCUGAACCGCUGGGUCCGAGUAGUGCAGGGCUCGGCGUUCCGUGCUGAGCUUGAGGAUGUCCUUGCCGGGCGAGGGGUAUCUCACCGCAGCCCACUCCGCCGCCUCACACCGAUCAUCGACAGCGACGGGGCCCUGCGCGUGGACGGCCGCCUCAAACAUUCAACACUCAGCGCGGACCAAAGGCAUCCGAAGAUCCUGCCUACAGAGUCGCACUUGACUCACCUAAUUGUGGAUGCUAUCCAUCGGCGUACUCUUCAUGGCGGAACGCAGGUCACGCUAGCGACAAUCAGGCAACGGUUCUGGAUCCCGCGAGGGCGACAGCUAGUGCGCCGACACAUCCAUCGAUGCAUCCGGUGCGCGCGAUGGCGGGCGGAAUCCCCACAGCCGCUGAUGGGCAGCCUACCAAGGCCAAGGGUCUCUCCGAGCCGGCCUUUCCUACACACUGGAGUGGACUUCGCGGGCCCUAUUCUCCUACGGACAACGAAGGGACGUGGCUACAAGGCUUACAAGGCCUUUGUCUCUGUUUUCAUCUGUUUUAGCACUCGGGCCGUGCACCUGGAGCCGGUGAGCGACUACUCCGCCGAUGCAUUCCUCGCCGCCUUCCGUCGCUUCAUUUCACGGAGAGGGAUAUGCCAGGCAGUCUACAGCGACUGCGGUACAAAUUUCGUGGGUGCUGACUCACAGCUUCGAGCCCUCUUCAAGUCCUCCGGACCGGAGAUGCACCGAAUCGUCGGGCGCUUGACGACUGAUGGGAUCCGAUGGCACUUUAACCCUCCAGCUGCUCCUCACUUUGGUGGCCUAUGGGAGGCGGCCGUCAAAUCCCUAAAGCACCACUUGCGUAGGGUAAUCGGUGACACGAAGCUAACGUUCGAGGAAAUGGCUACGUUCCUCGCCGAAGUGGAGGGCUGCCUCAACUCCCGUCCACUGCAGGCCCUGACUGACGACCCUGAAGACCUGGACGCCCUGACUCCCGGGCACUUCCUGAUCGGAGGCCCACUCAACGCGAUCCCGGAACCAUCGCUUAUCGACGUUCCCACGAAUCGCUUAAGUCGGUGGCGGCUGCUCCAGGCGCUGAGGGACCACCUGUGGCAACGAUGGGCCCAGGAUAGUAAUUUACAAUGCGCUGCAUGGAUACAGCUGAAAGAAAGGGUUCAUGACCGUGGCGGCCCCCAAUCAGACAUCCGACGUACCUAUGUUUCCUUGCCGUCAUUGUCGUCUGGUUGA